AUGUGGAAGGCCGUGAGUGGUGAAAGGGACCUCGACGGAGAACCAGGUGAGCACUCAACGUUAGCAUUGCAACUGCGCAGUGCUACUUUUUAUUACAUGUACGCGUGGCCUUUGGCAGAACAGGCCGAUAACACCGCCGGCCCAUGCGGGCUUCGUAUCGAGAGGCCAUACCGCUGUGCCACGGCAGCGCGUCAGGAGAAAUCACUCCGCUUGCAACGUUGCCUAUGAAGAAUCCCUGAGUUACUG